UUGGUCACGUGCCGGGGCCGCAGGGCUCGGGGCUCGGGGCUCGGGGUUUGGUUUCCGCAGACCUGCGGACCUCAGCGGGUGCGAUCGUGGCUGCCCCGGAGGCCGCGGAGCUGCACGACUGGGAUGAUGAACCGGACGACCCCCGACCAGGAGCGGGCGCCGGCGUCCGAGCCCGUGUGGGAGCGGCCCUGGUCGGUGGAGGAGAUCCGCAGGAGCAGCCAGAGCUGGUCGCUGGCGGCCGAUGCGGGCCUACUACAGUUUCUACAGGAAUUCUCACAGCAGACUAUCUCUAGGACCCAUGAAAUCAAGAAACAAGUGGAUGGGUUAAUCCGGGAAACUAAAGCCACAGAUUGUCGCCUACAUAAUGUCUUCAAUGACUUCCUUAUGCUGUCUAAUACCCAGUUCAUUGAAAACCGUGUAUACGACGAAGAAGUGGAGGAGCCGAUACUCAAGGCUGAGACAGAAAAAGCAGAACAGGAGAAGACCCGGGAACAGAAAGAAGUAGAUCUGAUUCCUAAGGUUCAGGAGGCUGUGAACUAUGGUUUACAAGUAUUGGACAGCGCAUUUGAACAACUAGAUAUAAAAGCAGGAAACUCAGACUCAGAAGAAGAUGAUGCUAAUGAACGGGUGGAACUGAUCCUCGAACCAAAGGAUCUGUACAUUGAUCGUCCUUUACCUUAUUUAAUUGGGUCAAAGCUAUUCAUGGAGCAGGAAGAUGUAGGUCUCGGAGAGCUGUCUAGUGAAGAGGGGUCAGUAGGCAGCGACCGUGGCAGCAUUGCAGACAGUGAAGAGAAUGAAGAAGAGGAGUCAGAUGAAGAUUUUGCCACUCAUAGUGACAAUGACCAAAACCGGCACACUGCACAAAUGAGUGACGAAGAAGAGGACGAUGAUGGUUGUGACAUUUUCGCUGACUCUGAGAAGGAGGAGGAAGAUAUUGAGGACACUGAAGAAAAUACCAGACCUAAAAAAAGUCGACCUACGUCAUUUGCUGAUGAGCUGGCGGCUCGAAUCAAAGGGGAAGCUGCAAGCCAGGUGGAAGAGCAAAUCUUGUCCAUAGGAGAAGGAAAACCUCGGAAGACACCGAAGGAGAAGAAGGACAGGAGAACUCCCUCAGAUGACGAAGAGGACAACUUAUUCGCACCCCCCAAGCUGACUGAUGAAGAUUUCUCUCCAUUUGGCUCUCGAGGUGGCCUGUUCAGUGGAGGGAAGGGACUUUUUGAUGAUGAGGAUGAGGAGAGUGAUCUCUUCACGGAAGCCCCUCAGGAUCAGGAAGCUCGAAGCUCUGUUAAUGCAGUGUCUUCAUCCUCCAAACCUGGAAAGAAAAUCCCAGCAGGAGCUGUUUCUGUAUUUUUAGGAGACACUGAUGUGUUCGGUGCCACCUCUGUUCCAUCACUGAAGGAGCCACAGAAGCCUGAGCAGCCUGCUCCAAGGAAAAGCCCGUACCCUCCAGCCCCUGCUGGCCUCUUCGAUGAUGACGAUGACGAUGACGACUUCUUUGCGGCAUCCUCCAGCAAACCUUCCAAGACAGACAAAGUCAAAUCCACUGCCAGUAUCUUUGAUGAUGAGGAAGGAGACCUGUUCAAAGAAAAAGCAGCUGCUUUGCCAGAAGCCACUGUGAAUCAGACAGAUGAAAAAAAAGCAAGGGCAGAAAAAAAGGUGAGCGGGAAAGAAGACUUAAUCCAACCCGUAGAACUCCAUGGGGUCCAGGCGAAUCCAUUGGGCCGAGAAGAGUUCUUCUCAGUUAAUGAAAUCUUUAGGUCUAUGUUUGAGAGAACUUUAAUCUUGAUCCAACAGGAUUUGUUUUCUUCACAAAAUGUGAGUAAGUCAAAAGAGGCAUCUCUCCUGCCUAGCAAACUCCCCACGUCGGUCUCGCUUUUUGAUGAUGAAGAUGAAGAGGAUAAUCUUUUUGGGGCAACAGCUGCUAAGAAGCAGACAUCUUCUCUUCUAACUCAGAGCCAAGAGAAAGCAAAGCCUUCUGAGCCCUCCAGAAAGAAAGCAUCUGCCUUACUGUUCAGCAGUGAUGAGGAGGAUCAGUGGAAUGUUACUGAUUCACAGAUGAACUCAGCGUCUGACAACAGAUCUAAAGGAGAACUAAGGGGCUCUGGGACCAAUCAGGAGCAGGAGGCUAAGGCUGUGAAAAAGACCAGCCUCUUUGAGGAGGAUGAUGAAGAUGAUCUGUUUGCUGUUGCUAAGGACAGCCAAAAGAAGACCCAGAGAGUGUCACUCCUCUUUGAAGAUGAUGCCGAUAGUGGAAGCUCUCUCUUUGGCUCUCCUCCUGCAUCUGUUCCUCCUGCAACAACGAAAAGAGAGACUGUCCCUGAAGUACCACCUUUGCUGUUCAGCGACGAAGAAAAGGAGGCACCAUUCGGAGUGAAACCUGGGGAUAAGAAGGUUGAUGGUGGCAAAGACUCAUCAGCAGUAGGGAGCACUCAUUUGGUUGAGGAGUCAGAAAAGGGAGGACCUUUGACUAUAUCUACUCAGGAGUCGGUUGAGCAUUCUGAUUUAUUUUCUUCAUCAUCGCCCUUGGACAAAGGAACCAAAAGUAGAACCAAAACUGUUCUUAGUUUAUUUGAUGAGGAAGAAGAUAAAACAGAAGAUCAAAAUAGCAUCCACGCUCCAAAGAAAGAAGUGGGAAAGGGUCCUGAUCCUGAUACUCGCCCAAAGAGCACAGGUGUCUUUCAGGAUGAAGAGCUCCUUUUUAGUCACAAGCUCCAGAAGGACAAUGAUCCAGAUGUUGACCUCUUCUCUGGCACCAAGAAAACCAGGUUACUAGAGCCAAGUGCUGGGAGCCUAUUUGGGGAUGAUGAAGAUGAUGAUCUUUUCAGCCCUGCCAAGUCACAGCCUUUGAUCUCAGAAAAGAAGAAGGUAGUGAAAAAAGACCACUCUGUAUCCUCUGUCAAGAACCAGAAACAUCCUGAAUCCACUCAGCAGGGUAUCAAAGAAAAAAGCACAUUGAAACCGGAAACACCUCAGGACUCACCAGGUCCCGCUCCAUUUAAAACCAAAGAACCAUCCCCUCGGAUCUGGAAAAUACAAGCAAAUUUAGCGAUUAAUCCAGCAGCCUUGCUGCCUGCAGCGGCUCCCCAGAUCUCUGGAGUAAAACCUGUUUUGCCAGAAUUGGCUUUUCCUUCAUCUGAACCCGAGAGGAUCCACGGUCUGGAAAGUAUGCCCGCUCUUCCUAGUAGUGGGGAGGCCGGCGUGAGUUUCGAUCUUCCAGCUCAGGCAGACACCUUACACAGUGCAAAUAAGAGUCGGGUCAAAGUGCGAGGGAAGCGUAGACCGCAGACCCGUGCGGCUCGGAGGUUGGCUGCCCAGGAGUCCGGUGAGGCCGAGGAUGUGAAUGUCCCCAGAAGAUCCAUUGCACGCUUGGUAGAUGGCGACAUUUCACCAGGUGACCCUCAACCACAGCCCAGGGCAGCUGGGAGAAAAGACAUCUCUGAGGAGGCUGAGGCAGCUGCCGCUCCAACUUGGGCAGGUGGUCCUGUACCUGAAGUAGACAGAAGCCCCUUUGCGAAAUCUCUGGGUCAGUCUCUUGAGGAUGACAUUUUUGAUUCUGGAGAUAUCUUUUCCAAGGGCACUGGCUCUCAGCCCACGGGGAGAAGAAAAGCCAAGACAAAGGCAGCAGAUGGCCUGGCCAACCCAACAGGGGGAAGUAAAGAGAAGAGCCCCAUGUUUCCCUCUCUAGGUGAGGCAGGCAGUGAUGAUGAUCUCUUCCAGUCUGUUAAACCAAAACCAGCAAAGAAAACAAAUCCUUUCCCGCUCCUGGAAGAUGAGGAUGAUCUCUUUACAGAUCAGAAAGGCAAGAAGAAUGAGUCCAAAUCCAACGGUCAGCAGGAGGCCAUCUCAAAAGCACAAGAUAUUUUUGAGGAUGAUAUAUUUGCUACAGAAGCAAUUAAACCCUCGCAAAAAGCAAGAGAGAAGGAAAGAACAUUUGAAUCCAACUUGUUUGAUGAUAACAUUGAUAUCUUUGCUGACCUAACUGUAAAACCAAAAGAAAAGUCCAAAAAGAAAGUGGAAGCUAAGUCUAUAUUUGAUGAUGAUAUGGAUGAUAUCUUCUCGUCUGGUAUCCAGGCUAAGACAACCAAACCAAAAAGUCGAUCUUCACAGGCAGCAGCCGAACCACGAUCUGAACAGAAGGUGUCCAACAUAUUUGAUGAUCCCUUGAAUGCCUUUGGAGGCCAGUAGAGCAGGGUAUCACAUCUCACUCUUCAGCUACAUCCUUGAGUUAUAGAUGCUGUCUUACGUGCUCAUUGUCUUAAUUGAAUUAGAAAAAGCAAAUAAUGAAACAGUACACCUUUCUUACCCAGCAUACUUAGUAUUUUUCUGCCCUGGUUUUAAUCAUGCUUAAUACUGCAAAACAAAAAUAAAUAUUUCACAGUGGUUUUUUUUUUUUUUUUUUUUAAACUAUAUUUUUAUUUAAUUAGCCUUGAUGGGGUCACAGUAUGAUUUAGGGCAUGUUGGAGAAGAAACCUCUGUGUGCCUUUCAUGAGUGGGCGGGAAUUCCAGAGGAAGCAAUGGCAGACAGAUGAUCAGGAGUCUUCCUUUCAUGGAUAAAAGCCCUAGCUUAGAGCCUAGGCAGGUGAUAGAGGAAGGGGAUGGGAUUAUGUAUUUCAUGACUCUUUGCAGUCUGAGAGGAGGUUUCCUCUUAUUCCAAUGAAUUUUGAAAAUGCCUCUAUAGGUUAAUUAAGGCAAGGUUUGGUAAACUGUGGCCCUCUGUUGUCUGUUUUUGUAAAUAAAGUUUUAUUGGAACACAA